CUUAAAUUUGACGAUUUUCAAGAUCGCGACUUUGCGACUUCAGACUACAGCGCCUCUUCAGUACUUACGCCUUUGCCUUCACCUUCGCCAGUCCAUGAUACCGAUCAGUUAAUCUCGGACAACGUACGAUACUAGCGGCGACUUUCAUAUUGCGCCGCACAAAUCCUCUCCUAUCCUCCCACCGAACCCGUCCAGUAAAGAGGAAUAAGGGAAGACCUCCCACAAAAACCCGCCCGCGAUGCAGCCCACUCAGGCGCUGCUCAAGGCAUUCCGCAAAUUCCGGCUGACCACCAAGGAUGCCAACAAGGGUUUCUACAAGGGAACACGAACGGGUAGAAUGGGUCGGCACACCAAGCAUGGUGGUUACGUUAUCGACUGGAGCAGGGUGCGGACAUUCGUCGUACCCCCUAAUAUGGAUAGCUUCAAGUUAACCCCCUUCGUGACAAAAGUGAUGGGGCGGACGAGAGGUCGGUACGAGGGUUAUCGCAUGGGACCCAAGAGCCCAGAGCUGUAUCUGGACCGGUGGAAGCGAGAGAACGGUUUGGACUGAGAGGUUGUCCUGGAAGAGGCAAAAGUCGUCUUUAAUCAGUAUAGACUGAUGCUGAAUAUAGAAGACGGGACUGCGGUGUGUCACUCAAUAUUGAGUUGAUCGAGUCACCCUCAAGUCACCGUGUCCAUAACCGGAUGUCUUCGAAGUCCUUACGGUUUGGGCAUAUGAUGAUUAUAGCCAUGAGAAUCACGAGUAUCAAAGGACC